AUGGAAUCUGAAGAGGAACAGGCCCAACAGCAAGUCAUGCAACAGGCACGAAAACGACAAUUACAGACUCAAGUAAGGACUAUGGGACCCAUGGACAAGUCAAUGGGCCCAACUGUGGGUUCGUCCAUGGGCACACCCUACGACGAUAUCCCCAUCACAGAGCCCAAUGACUAUGGGCUUUUCACAAGCCAAGCCCUUGCACAACCGGAUGUCGCCUCAUUUCAGGAUGCCUGCCGAGCUGGUUCUCUAUCUGCCGUUAAGUCUAUCAUCACCUCCAAGUCUCGCACGCCAUCUUUUCUGCAUCAAGGUCUUAUCGUCGAUCUCGGCGCUGGAAAUGUUAAUGCUGCUCGCUGCUUGCUGAAGGCUGGCGCGCCUAUUACCCGCCAAACCCCAACACGCAUCCUCCUAGCACCUGUACCCCAAAAGAUUCCCUUGUUCGAGCUUCUCAUCCAGCACGGCUGGAACACCAACACGCCUGGCUUCUAUGGUGCCGUGCUUCUCCCAAAAAUAGUCACUGAUGACGCCCUCCUCGACUGGUUCCUCGCCCAUGGCGCAGACCCUAACCUAGGAGAGCAAUCUUACUACCAAGACCGCAAUGGCGCGCCCGAUCCAAAAUCGUGCGCAGCGCUGGAGAGAGCCGUAGCGUAUGGCACUGCUGAGACGGUGCAGAAGCUCCUAAGCGCUGGCGCGCAGAUGGGAAAUGGAGCGCAGCUGUACUUUGCCGCUGGCGUGUACGCUCCCGGUUCGAAUCCCCAUUUCGGUCUCGUCACACCGAGCAGGGAACUGGAUAUAGGAAGGAUUCCAGUUAUGGCCCUACUUGUGGAGAAUGGCGCAGAUGUGAACCAGAAGUAUGAUUCCCGGCACACUAACCCGCAGUAUCCGAUCGUUCACGCGGCCAUGGCAGGGGCUGUUGAGAGAGUGAAGUGA